CGCUUUAGUUUAGUCCUUCCUCUCUUUCUUUCCUGAGAAUCUCUUGUUUUCUCGGCAACGAAGCAACAAAAAAAGCAGUUUUUUUGUCCCGUUGAAGCUCAGGUCAUUUUCUCGAUCUCUUUGGAUCUAGCUGCUCGACAUUGCAGCUGAUACUUGCUCCAUAGUUGUAAGCUAUGGUGACGAUCCGGAGUGGUUCAAUAGUUAUUCUGGUUCUGCUGGCUGUAUCAUGCCUGGCUUUAGUUGCAAAUGGGGAAGACAAAACGAUCAAAGUUAAGAAAGUGAAGGGAAAGAAGAUGUGCACGCAGGGAUGGGAAUGCAGCUGGUGGUCAGAAUACUGCUGUAACCAGACAAUAUCAGAUUACUUUCAGGUUUAUCAGUUUGAGCAACUCUUUGCCAAAAGAAACACUCCUGUUGCGCAUGCUGUUGGUUUCUGGGACUACCAGUCCUUCAUUACCGCCGCUGCACUCUAUGAGCCUCUUGGCUUUGGUACCACUGGUGGAAAGCUCAUGGGACAGAAAGAAAUUGCUGCUUUCCUCGGUCAUGUCGCCAGCAAAACGUCCUGUGGCUACGGAGUUGCAACAGGAGGGCCUUUAGCUUGGGGUCUGUGCUAUAACAGGGAAAUGAGCCCAAGCCAAUCUUACUGUGACGAUUCCUGGAAAUUCAAGUACCCUUGCAGCCCUGGAGCUGAAUACUACGGACGCGGUGCCUUACCCAUUUACUGGAACUUCAACUACGGCGCAGCUGGAGAAGCCCUGAAAGCUGAUCUCUUGAACCACCCCGAGUACAUCGAGCAGAACGCGACACUUGCCUUCCAAGCCGCAGUGUGGAGAUGGAUGACACCAAUCAAGAAAAAUCAGCCCUCAGCUCACGACAUAUUUGUUGGAAACUGGAAACCUACAAAGAACGACACUUUGUCCAAACGUGGUCCGACUUUUGGAAGCACCAUGAAUGUGCUGUACGGAGAGCUCACAUGUGGUCAAGGUGACAUUGAUCCAAUGAACAACAUAGUCUCACACUACUUGUAUUUCCUCGACCUCUUGGGUAUUGGAAGAGAAGACGCAGGACCAAACGAGGAGCUCAGUUGCGCCGAGCAGAAAGCAUUCAACCCUUCAACUGCACCUUCCUCUUCCUCUUCUUGAGUCUCUGUAUCGCUCAUGUUUUCAAGUCCCUUGCUUCAGUCGAGAAGUGUUACGUAAUAAGUGAAAUUGCUUGUGGUAAAAAAAAAAAAAAGAAAGUGUUCUUUUUUUGUCUUGGGCUUGUCCCUGUAGAACUUAUGCAAACAAAAUUUUAUUAUUUUUCUGUAUGUAAAACCAUAUUUAAUUAUUGUAUUUGGAGAAUGUGUGUAAAAUAGAGAAAACAAAAUGUGGUUUGAGGUGUAUUAUAAAUUUGUAUACGAGUUUUUGAGUU